AUAAAUAUUUUUUUUACUUGAUUGAUAUAAAAGUAAACAUGGCUACCACAGAAUACACAAAAUUAAUCCUCCGCUGUAUCCUUAAUUAUUUCAGGAUCAUUCUUUUUUGCUCAUUUAUUUUGCCUGUCUUUAGUGCUGGACAUUGUAACUAUGGCAAUGACAUAAGCAAUCAGCUCAUGUUUCAAAAUCAAUCAUGUGUAACUGGAGAAAAGCAUUUAUCAAACUUACUUCACGUGUAUAAAAACUCCAGUCCUGAUAGUGGUGAGACAGAUGUCAGUAACUUGACAGCAAAUGCCAGCCACCACUGCUACAUCUUUCGCUUUGUCGCAACAACCCUGUUAAGUCAUGAAGUCAAGAAAGAGGCCAUUCAUGUGGAGUAUGGUUGUGAUUUUCAAGAGUUUUGCAAAGACAAACAAUUAGACCAAGUUUUACCAAAUGUAACUGUAGGCAGCGACACAGGGCUGCUGUUUUGUUGUGCCGCUUCCAACUGUAACAUGCUGGAUGCGAUCCCCCAUUUGCCAGCAGAGAACAGGGUUUGUUUUGAUGGGGUCAAGAAUGGAUCAGACCACAUCUCAGGUGAACUGGAGUCAUGUCUACAUCCUGAUGUUGUUUGUGCCAAAAAAACCAUCUUCCACCCAGAAGGGAAAGUAGAAAGCUAUUUCUGUGAUAAUGAUAAGCUUUGCUUAGAGACCAUGUCCAGUGGUGCUUUCAAGGCCUGUUUCAAUACAAGUGUGGGCAACAAGACCGUUGAAGAGCUCUGCUGCUGUGACCAGAGCCAGUGUUUUCUGCCACCUGGCACCAAUUUACCUGCCAGCCUUAAAGACAAUUCCACGGAUGAGAAGCCGCCCUCAGUGGGCAACACUCUCCAGAAGCCAGGCUCUGAGAAGACAGACAAGCUACUGGUCACUGGCUUGAUUGCUACUUUUUUAUUCAUUACUGGAGUGGGCGUUGGCAUCGUACUGGUGGUAGCCUGCAGGAAGCCGAAGGAGCCGCGGAGAGAUCCAAACGUCAUCAUGCAGUACGAGAGGCUGUCGUCUGACCUGGAUAUGGAAGAUGCUGUUGUUUUGUAAAGUGUACUAAGUUUUCUAUUUCCUGUACAAAUUCGGCAAGCUCCACAUGUUGUGUAUAUAACUUGGAUAGAUCUAUAUCUUAAAUGACUAUGCAUUUGUUGUUCUCAAUCAAAAAGCAUUCUUAUCAAAUUAUGAUUCAUAUUUUUAAAAUGACCUGAUCUAAUUUUCUUGAUCUCAGGUCAAGAUCUCGUUCUCUAUUAGCUUUUUUUCCGAGUUCUUGUUGUUUUAAAAAUAGAUUUGCUACCAGCAUUGUCAAAAGUAUGCAUUGGAUUAGAUAGAGCCAACCUUUACAUUGGAGUCCAGGACAAAUUAAAUAAUCGUGGCCAAAAUAUAUUUUCUUUACUUUAGCAGAUUGAAUUACAUUUUAAACUUCUGUGUUUUCCAACCAAAAUAGUUCUAGUUAUAAAUAGUUUAAUCUACUGUUUAAUCUAUAUACUGAAUCAUACAUCGUCUAGUUGAGUUAGGUGAUAAGUAAGUGUAGACAGUCGUAUAUAUAUAGUUGUUACUUUCAAGAAAAAUUAAGUUUCCUAGUCUGGAGCAAAAUAGCUUUGACACAGUACAAAUUAAAAUAAUUUAAAAUGGCAUGGUUUUUUAUGGUAAUUCUUGCUUCAAACAUCUAUUGAACCAUAGAAGGAUUUGGAAUAAUAAAAAUUUGUUGGCUUCAACUUUGAUUUUCUACAUCAGAUAUUUUUGUUUUCUUAAUUGGGGCAAACCCUAAUCAUCUCCUGCAAAUUACAAGGAUGGCUUCAACAGGAUGUUUGAUCUGCUUUAAAGUGGAGAUUUUGUUGUGAAGUUAUUGCUUUUUUGAGCAUCUUGAUCCAUUUCGGAAUGUUUGCUAAUAUACUAGUAGAUUUAGUAAAAAAAAACUCUAUUACAUAUCUGGUAGUAACUGCAAUAUUAUUUUUUUUUUUAGCAUUUUAUUUCAUGGGAAUGAUUACAACAAACCACAAUAAUACAUAUGUUAAUGUUCUUUCAUAAAAGAAUUACUUUAUAAAUAAAAAAUGUAACCGCAAUACUACAUAUGUUAAUGUUCUUUCAUAAAAGAAUUACUAAGUUUAAUCAGUUGUGAAAGUUACUGUAUGUUAGUUGUCACAGUAUAAAAAUGACACUAAAACAUGUAGCAAUGUGGUGAUGCCAUUGUGCAGAUAAUGCAUAAUGUAAUAGACUCAGUGGGUACAAUGAUUGUGUUUUUUGAUCCACCUUUCAGUGUGAGAACUACUAGCAUUGAAUGUGAAAUUUGUUUUGUGAGAUAUAGUUUUUUAUUCUAGUCCACAAUGUUGAACAUGAACAAAUACUCAUUUAUACAUCCAAGCAAUGAAAGCAAUAUCUGUUCCCAUUCAUGUUUUGUAGAGCUUAUUAAAUGUUAGGGUAUUGGCUUCAAUAAUUUGAUGUUGAAGAAAGUUGGUUUUAUAAUACAGUUUUAAAAACUGAGGAAAGAUUAAUAUUUUAAACACAUUUUUUGCUUUUGUAAUAAUUUUGGUUAGAAAUAUUUUUUAUAGUGAUUAUUUAGAUAAUGUUUUUUUUAAUUCAGUAAUGUUUAGAAACAAAAUAAAAAUAAAAAUUAGACAAUUAUAACGGGUCAAUGCUCCAACUGGCAUUUACAGGUCACACCUCCCUUCCAUACCUGCGCAAACUUUCAUCUACAUUGACACCUUCCAGUUGUUUGUAGAUCCCAGAUUUUUUACUGUUUAAAUGGAAUGUCUGUACACUCAGUUGAAAAACAAACAAACUUGUAACGCACUUGUUUCAUUUCUAUUUUUACAUUUACAAUACUGCAAUGAAUGUUACUGUAAAAUUUAGUUAAUUGAUGCGGUGCAUGUUUUUAUAAAUAAUCUUUUAAUCUGUUAUUGUAGCCAGAUUGUAUGAUUAAAAAUCCACCGAUCCUGGAAUGCUCUAGUCAUUAGAGGCCCCUUCAAUACAUGACUUAAGUCAUUGAGUUUUGAGAUAGCUACCAAUGUUUAAUGUGCAUUUAUUUAUUGACAAAUACACAGCCAGAGCUGUAACUAAUUGUAACACACUCUUCACCAAAGUUACUUAUUAUAACUAAUUGUAACACACUCUUCACCUAAGUUACUUAUUUUAACUAAAUGUUACAAGGUCUUCAUGAAAGUUACUUAUUCUAGUCCCAUUGUUAUAAAAUCUUCAUCAAAUUGACUGUCUAGUCCAUAUUCUAUUCUGCUAAAGGGUUUUGUUCCUCAAAGUUUAAGAAUGGUUCACAUUGCUUUUAUUACAAAUGUUAACUUGAGGGUGUAUCAAAUACAGAAUGUUGACUUGAGGGUGUAUCAAAUACUAAUGUUGACUUGAGGGUGUAUUAAAUACAAAUGUUGACUUGAGGGUGUAUCAGACACAAAUGUUGACUUGAGGGUGUAUCAAAUACAAAUUUUGACUUGAGGGUGUAUCAAAUACAAAUUUUGACUUGAGGGUGUAUCAAAUACAAAUUUUGACUUGAGGGUGUAUCAAAUACAAAUGUUGACUUGAGGGUGUAUCAAAUACAAAUGUUGACUUGAAGGUGUAUGAAAUACAAAUGUUGACUUGAGGGUGUAUGAAAUACAAAUGUUGACUUGAGGGUGUAUCAAAUACAAAUGUUGACUUGAGGGUGUAUCAGACACAAAUGUUGACUUGAGGGUGUAUCAAAUACAAAUGUUGACUUGAGGGUGUAUCAAAUACAAAUGUUGACUUGAUGGGUAUGAAAUACAAAUGUCAACAUGAGGGUGUGUAUGAAAUACUAGAGAAUAUGUCUGAAAUAUCUUGAUAUAACCCUUGUGACAGUUGCUGUAAGGAAAGAAUUUGUCUGUUGUGUAGUACUGGAUCAUGUUGGAUCAAGCUUGUUUUAUUGUACAAAGUUGACCAGUACUUGAUUAGUGAAAACUUUUUUUUUUAUUGUACAAAUUUGACCAGUACUUGAUUAGUCUAAACUUUUUUUAUUGUACAAAUUUGACCAGUACUUGAUUAGUCUAAACUUUUUUUAUUGUACAAAGUUGAUGCUUUGAAGUCCUUUAAUGGAGGAAUUUAAACUUUUUCUAUGCUUAUUUUACAAUUUUGGUUUGUAUUGUAUCGAGAGAUUUGGUGUGAUGUCUUCAUGUUUCUUUCAACAAUAUUGUCAUGCAUUUCCUGAUCACCAAAUAGUGUAGGUCUAACUAUGGUAGUUGCUGAAACAGCUUUUGUCUACAGAUUGUGAUAGUAUUGUUUGUCUUGCUGUUUGUCUAGACUGCAACAUUCAUGUGUAUUUAUGUCAUCACUGUGAGCACAUCACUGUGAGCACAUCACUGUGAGCACAUCACUGUGAGCACAUCACUGUGAGAACAUCACUGUGAGCACAUCACUGUGAGCACAUCACUGUGAGCACAUCACUGUGAGCACAUCACUGUGAGCACAUCACUGAGAGCACAUCACUGAGAGCACAUCACUGUGAGCACAUCACUGUGAGCACAUCACUGUGAGCACAUCACUGUGAGCACAUCACUGUCAAGGAUCUGACUACCUGAGAUGACUUGAAGUCAUGACUUUGAAUACACCCAUAGACAGUCACCCCACUUGACUUGAAAAGACAGAGCUGGGUGAUCAUGUAGAGUAGAUCAAUGAUUAUGUGACUUAUAGGAUCUGUAUUUGUGCCUUAAUUUUAAAAUCUUUUGUUCUGUUUUAUUUCAUAAGGAUAUUAGUUCAAGAUUUUUAUAUACAAAGUUUGAGGAAAUGUUUUCUGGUUGUGCUUCUUUUAUUUUCUAGUUGGUUAACUGCCAGCGCAAGUUUUAUUGUUUAAACAAAAUGGUUUUUAAAAUAACAUUCUUCAUAGCUCUUUCACACUAUGUGAUUUAUAAAUAGAUUGUUCACAUUUCUAUAUCCCAAAUAUUUAAGCCUUACUGUAUGUCUGGUUCAAUGAGCUAACAAUGUUCAUUAAACACUGUAGUGGACAUGUGAUCAUUUAAUCAAUGUAAUAAUAGAUUAUGCAGUUUUAAAACCAAUUUUUCAUUGUGAAUGAAGCAGAUAAAAAUUAAAUUGAAAGAUGUUUUCAGAAAGUUAUCUUCAUUGUGUUGAGUUACUGGACUUGAAUUAAUGCUAGUUGUCAUAGUUCGAAAACUAUUUUUCUUAGGAUCUGAGCAGUUUGAUUGCAAUUUCAUCAAUAAAUCUUGGAAUUUUAACUGCAUAUUUUUAACCAUCUUUGUAUUUCAAAAGCAGAUUUUUUUUUCAGGCUGUAAAUUUUGACUGUAAAUUUUUCCACCAAAUUCUGGUACUUAGACAAUAAUUUUAUGACCAAAUCUCUUUUAUUAGAGAGCAGAUAUUUUCAGUAAAUCUUGGUAUUUAGACUUUUUCCACCAAAUCAUGGUAUUUAGACUUUUUUCCACCAAAUCAUGGUAUUUAGACUGCAGUUUUUUUUUAGAUCUUUUUAUUUAGAUGUUGUUCAACCCACAGCAUUUAAAGUUGUUGACUGUAUUAGAGCAAGCUGUGUGAUAAUGGCAUUACAUCAGUUAUGGUGCUAUGUGGCCAGCUGAACUACAUCACAUUGUGCAUGGUCUGCCUUAUGCCCCACCCUCAACUUAAAUCUCUCAUGUGGCCCCACCCACAACAUGGACCUGUCACGUAGCCCCACCCAAAACAUAGACCUGUCAUGUGGCUCCACCCACACCAGGGACCUGUCAUGUGGCCCCACCCACAACAUGGACCUGUCACGUAGCCCCACCCAAAACAUAGACCUGUCAUGUAGACCCACCCACAUUAUGGACCUGUCAUGUAGCCCCACCCACAAUAUGGACCUGUCAUGUAUCCCACCCACAUUGACCUGUCAUGUGGCCCCACCCACAACAUAGACCUGUCAUGUAGCCCCACCCACAACAUAGACCUGUCAUGUGGCCCCACCCAUGGACCUCUCCAUGAUGUCUGUAUGCUGCAAUCCUAGGCUAUAUUCUCUAAUCAUAUCUCUUUAUCCUAAUAUCUGGUCUUAUCCUAAUGUCUUGGUUUGAUAUAAAGUUUUAUCUUGCUUGUUCAAAUAUUACUUGAAGUGAAAUCUAGAAAUGUUGAGAAUUUUAUGUUAAAUGACAGUGCUUAUGAUUUAAAGAUGUUAUUGGUGGUUAGUUGAAAAUUAUGUUGAUUGUGGUUGAACUAAUGUUGAUUGUAAAAAAAGUAAUGUUAAUUUUAGUUGAAACAAUGGUUGUGUGGUAAAUUACUUUAAUCAUGUUAAUUCGAUAUGAAAUGAUUUACAUAAUUUUCAUUUUGAUGAAAUGAUUUUAAUUUUCUUGGUAGAAUUUUAAGGUUGUUGAUUUUACUUUUAAAAAUGUCAAUGAUUUGUUUAGGGUUAGAUAUAAUACUUGUGAUUGAAAUGGUAAUUAGAGUUGAAACGGUGUUAACCUUAGUUGAAAAGAUGCUGAAUCAUGUUGAAAAAAUGUUGAAUUUUGUUGAGAAGAUGUUGAUUUACAUUGAAAAGAUGUUGAUUUUUAUUGAACUAGUUGUUACUGCAGUAAGGCAAGUGUGGUACUGAAGUAACAACUAGUUCAAGACUGCACUUUCACAAGUCCCCAAUUCAAACACAGCAUGCUUGUGUUAUUUAAUGCUGUGUUACAUGUUGCUCAUGUGCUGUUGUGGUGCUGUGUGCCACAUUUGUUGUGUGAUGCUGUUGUACUGUGCUAUGUCCUUGAUCAACUCCUCUCCCAUUGGCUUAGGUCACAGUGCAAUCAGUCUAGGCUUUGUGUGUCUGUAAAU